AUGCGUAGCACCGAGAUGCAGCUUGAUUAUUGCUAUGAUGGUGAAGACGACUCAGAUUCUCAUGCUGAAAUGGAGAUGGAAAGAGAAGAUGACAGUAGUGAUGAUGAUAUUGAAAGUAGCCUGCCACAGGAUCCAGAAACAUGUCUGCAGAUGAACCAUGUGUACCAGGAAGUUAUCCAGGAAAAGAUCGAGGAAGUUGAGCUUCUCAUUGCACAAAACAAAGAACAGCAGAAGGAAAUCAUGUGUGAGCUUGGUGGUCCAAAAAUAGCAAAAGCAGGAGACGGUAGAAAUCUACCAGCAAAUGUAUUUUUGGGUCAUUUUAUGAAGCCAUACUUUAAGGAUAAAACAACAGGAAUUGGUCCUCCUUCCAAUGAAGAUGCCAAGGAGAAGGCAGCUCAGGGCAUAAAAUCCUUUGAACAAUUGAUUUCAACAAAAUGGAAAAGCAGAGAGAAGACAUUAUUGCAGAAAUCGGUAGUAAGUGACCGCUUGCAGCGCCUGCUUCAGCCAAAGUUACUGAAGAUGAAUUAUUGGAAUCAGAAACUGGAAAAAGUCAAGACUGAAACGGAGAAACAGAUCUUGGAAAAACAAAUCAAAGAAUUGGAGCAAGAAAUAGAGGCAAUUAACCAACUCCCAGAAAGUGACUUGUUAGGAAACAGAUUCGAUGAGCAUGACUGGGAGAAAAUUUCAAACAUCCACUUUGAUGGGCAACGUAGUUCAGAAGAACUGAGGAAGUUUUGGCAAAAUUGGGAGCAUCCAAGCAUCAACAAAAAGGAAUGGACUGAAGAGGAAAUAGAGAGGCUAAAGAAGAUAGCUGCUAAACAUGGUUAUCUGGACUGGCAGACGAUAGCCCAGGAGUUGGGGACCAACAGGACACCUUUCCAGUGCUUGCAGAAGUAUCAAGUCUAUAACAAAGAUUUGAAAAGGAAAGAAUGGACCAAAGAUGAAGACCAGAUGCUUUUGGAGCUUGUUCAAGAGAUGAGAGUAGGCAGUCACAUCCCAUACAAAAAAAUUGCUUAUUACAUGGAAGGAAGAGAUUCUGCUCAGCUGAUUUACCGAUGGACAAAGAGCGUGGAUCCCAGUUUGAAGAAAGGACCCUGGACACCAGAGGAAGAUGCUAUGCUGUUGGCUGCAGUUAAGAAGUAUGGAGAGCGUGACUGGUAUAAAAUUCGGACAGAAGUGCCGGGGAGGAGCGAUGCUCAGUGCAGAGAUCGGUACUUAAAAGCAUUGCACUGUGAUGUAAAGAAAGGCAAGUGGAGUUUAGAGGAAGAGGAGCAGCUAAUUGAACUGGUUCAAAAGCAUGGCCUGGGUCGCUGGAGUAAAAUAGCUUCUGAAUUGCCACAUCGGACUGGCUCCCAAUGUCUAAGCAAGUGGAAACUCAUGAUUGGGUCUAAGAAAAGAUCUAGGCCAACAAAACGCCGACACGUGCAAGAGAGCUCCAGCUCGUCAGAGAGUAGCAGUGAAGACAUAGAACUGGACUUGGCAGACAGUUCAGAGGAGGAGACAACAAGCAAGGAAGAGAAAAAGGAGCGUGGAUUUCCCAGCAUUGAUUUGUGGAUACCAACAGGGACAUAUACAGAGGAGUCAAACCAAGGAAGAUGCCAAACUCCAUCCCUUUUCUCACCUGCGAGUGCUGAUGCAAAGACCAGUAGCAGUGAAGUUCCAAGUGUGAUGUGUGAUGGAGACAAGGACAGAGUUGCCGAUAAAUCAUCAGAGUUGAACACUCUCCUGAGAGGCAUUGCACGUCCACAUUCAACGGACAUCAUUGUGAAGAAUCCAGUAGAAGUAAUAAACAAGGCUUCCAGGUGUGGAAAGCAAGUGCUACGUGUUAGCCUGGAGAAUGUGAGAAGAGCAUUAAGAUACAACACGUGCUUUCAGAGGAAACUUCAAUCAAAGAUACUAAAAUCUUCUGCCACCAUUUUAACAAAAAUAUCUGGAGUUAAUACGUCUGGACAGAAGAUUCAGGAGCUGCAGAACAUCACAGAGAAAACUUAUCGUCAGGAGAGAGAGCGUUUGAGAAGACUGAACCUUGACAGAAAGCUUCUAAUGGCAGUGACACCUUGGGUGGGCAAUGUGCUACUGCCUUGCACCUUGCAAACUGGGAAGAUGGCUUUUCAUCAGACAAAAGCUGAUUCUAUUCAAGAGAAGAUUAAGUCAGUCAGUCUCACAAGCACUCCACUGUUCACGCUUUUCAUUCAGCUCUUUCAGAUUGAUACCCAUGGCUGCAUGAAGAUUAUUCGUGAGAGAAGGCUAAGGCAGUCAGAGCUUCUUAGGGCGAAUGCAAGAAAGCCUCAGCAGGCUUCCCAAAAUAUGGAGACUUCUUCAGGCAAUUCAUCACAACCUUCAAGGGAGACUUCUGCUGCUGUCUUCGAGAGCAGCACUCCUGCCGUACCAGCAGCUCUUCCAGCCCAAGGGCAAAGGCAGAAGCCGAAAACUGUCUCAGAAUUACUGAGAGAGAAGCGGCUAAGAGAAUCACAGGCUAAGAAAGCUAUGCAGACAACAGUAUUUGUUGCCCCACAGAUGCUGGUUUCAGGGCCUCUGAUAAUCCGGCAUCCACCACAGCAAAUCAUUCCUUCUGCACAAGCAGGGAACAAACCUGCAGCAGUUGGUUGUACAAAUAGUCAAGUACGGUGUGCACCAGCUCAGUUGCCAGCAUUUACUUCUGGUGCCGGUUCAACUUCUACUGCUAUUGUGCUUGAAAACCAUUCCUCAUCAGUGCCAGAAACUGGGGAAAGCCCUGGUUCCUCACAAGGGACAGAACUACAAUCCAAUAAGGAACAAAAAGAGCAAGCUUUGGAAAGUAGCCCUGAAGGAGGAGUGUUUCCAGCUGCAGCGGAGAAGGCCCCAAAUCAGGGAGGAUGUAAUGGUCAGGUCCUAGCUGGUAGCUCAGCUUCAGUAGUGUUGCAAAACCAAGCUUUUGUGCCACAUCAGAUUACAGUGGUGCCUGUUGGCGUUGAGUCUGGAACCAACAGCUUGUCUCUUUCCACACCAGUUCCCUGUGAGCUGAAUAGUAAUGGGCCACAACAAGGGCCAGUCAAUCUGUUGCCUGCUCUUGUAACUCCACAAGCUGGUUCGCCUUUGAUUCCCAACAGCAUACUGCCUUUCACGUGGGUCGUAACGCCACAGGCUUUACUCCCCACCACUGUACAAACUGUGGUGGGUGUUCCCCAAGGACUGCCAGCUGCUGCUGUGAGAAGUCAAUGUCAGACAACUGUGACUUCCAAUGGUGAUGUCUCUAGCUUAGGAGUGCCUCCUCUACCAGCUGGAGCAAAUACGCCUCAGCCCAGCAGUGCAGAGACAAAAGCACCAAGUGCCCAGUUAGCAGAAGGAGUACCUCUGGGAAAGGCAGCUAACCAUUCCACAAUCCUCUUGCCUGCGACCUCCGUGAGUCCUGGGUGCACCACAUCCAGCAUUUCUUCUGCAACACGUGCACGUUCAGAUGGCUUCUCCAAGGCUCCUGACUCCUCUGCAGCUCAGACUCCUCUAGCUGAUGGACCAACUGUGCAUGCUGCGCUGCUGCCCCAAACACAGCUGCCUGCAAGCACUCAAGCAUCUGAUUCCCGGUGCGUGUCAAGUCUCACUAGCUUGGGAAAAAAACAUGACUCCAUUGCAACAAAUGGAUCAUCUGCCAAUCCAAGCGUUAUCGUGAAGGGGCUUGUGCUCCAGCCGGGAGAUCCAGUUCCCCACAAUAAUAUCCCAAAGAACUCUGAUUGCUUUGCUUCACAAGCAUUGAAAAAUAGACCUAUUGCUUCCAAACCUCCAACUACGCAGCCUGCUGACAGUCCACCACAGCCAACCACUUCCAGUGCAGAAAAGAAUCUACUUGACUUUAGCCUGAUUUCCCUUGAAGAUGAGGGGCUAGUGAAGGAGUGGCUAAAUGGGAAGCAAGGUGUCCAGGUACCAUCACUGCAAACUAGGUUGCCUUAUUUGCCACCUUUUCUGUGCAAUUUAAAAACCCUCUCAAAGCUACUUCUGCAGAAAGCAGCUCUAGAAGAGCAAGCGGCAUGUCUUCUGCCUUCUGAUGCCGGUCAGGAUGAGGGCACUGGGGUUGACUUGCAUGCUAUCACAGAACUGGUGCAGCAGAAACUCGGCGAUAACCCUGCUUACCUCCUACUGAAAGCCAGAUUCCUAGCAGCCUUUACACUCCCAGCUGUACUAGCAACUCUGCCUCCUCCAAAAGUGGCAACAACUCUGUCAGCCAGCAGGAAGCAAUACGAAGAGAGUGAUGAAGAGGAGUGGCAGAGUGAGAAGGAAGAGUCUGAAGAAGAGAGUUGUGGGAAUGAAUUAACAGGUGUACGGUUGGAUGGGACGGUUGGUGAUGAGCCUGAAGACAAAGAUGCUGAUUUACUAAAUCAGGGCAUAGGAGCGGAAGAGAUUGCUGCACAAUCUGUCUUGGACUCCUGCACUGAGGUGACUGAUGCCAGUGCUCCUCAAAUCAGGAGAAGUGCCCGCUUCAGGAAAAGGAGGAGGAUGUGA